AUGGAAAUGUCAGAAGAUGAUAUUAAUAUGGAAGAAUACCCCACUGAAAUUCAUGAUUAUCUUGCAGCAUUUGAAAAAUCUCUUGGUUCUGUAGAUGAGAUGCUGAAGACCAUGAUGUCAGUUUCCAGGAGUGAGCUUCUCCAAAAGUUAGAGCCUCUUGAGCAAGCAAAGAUGGAUUUGGUUUCGGUGUACACGUUAAAUUCAAUGUUCUGGGUAUACUUGGCUACUCAGGGAAUCAAUCCAAAGGAACAUCCAGUGAAACAAGAACUGGAGAGAAUAAGAACAUACAUGAACAAGGUCAAAGAAAUAGCAGACAAGAAAAAAGCAUCCAAACUGGAUAAAGGAGCUGCUUCUAGAUUUGUAAGAAAUGCACUCUGGGAACCAAACGCUGAAAAUGAACAUACCUCCAAAACCCCCGCUAAAGGAAAAAAGAGGAAGAUGGACUAAAUUUUUAUUUCCCUUCAUAUAAAAUAGAGACACCUAGAACUUAUUUCAAAAUUUGUUUUGUAUAGUGUAUGCAUCUUCCAGAGGUGCUGUAUAGCAACAUCUUGAUUAAGUUAUACUUAAGAAUUUUAGAGGAUUGUAUUUUGUCCAGAACACUUGUCACUGAGGUAAUUACAUUAUAUGUGUAUCUGAAAGUGCCAUUUGAUGUGAGAGAAGUAGCAUUUCAUUAUUCAAAUAAUAAUGACCUGACAUACGCUUGCUGGUAAUAGUACUAGUGAUGUUUUGCUGAUAAUGCCUAAGAAUUACUUUUUUUUUUUUUUUUACUGCUGAACGAUUUAUGAUUUAUACUUUUUUAUAUGUACUUAAUCUCCUGAAUAUUAAAAAGUCUCAAACAAUGCUAUCCACUCUGUUCUUUAGGCAAGAGCCACAUUUACUUUCUCAUUACAUCAUCGUGUGAAAUGCUGUAUUUGUAGAGUUUUGCAAGGUUUAUUCACUGUGUUAAACUGUUUCCUUUUCAGCUUCUGAACUUGAAUGUAUGCCAUAUUCCCUUACUUCUGUUGCCUCUGAGAAAACUGAGCUUCAAGGGCCACAAGCAAACAGCCCGGAUUCCACUCUAAGCCACUGUGUCUAGUCAAUGGAAAAAACAGAUAUCCCCAAAGGGCAAUUUGUAGGGCCCAAAUAAAGGAGCAGGCUGGGGACAGCUAUUAGGAAACAGCACAUGCAGGAACUUGACUGGAAUUUUGGCUGCAGUGCUCAUCCCUUACUGCUGACACUGUGAGAGAAAGAAGCGUGCUCUGAGGUCAUAGGAGUGUGGUCAUCCAUUGUGAUUUUUCAAAUCUUCAUGAGGGAAAGCAUUCUCUGGUGCAGUAAAAACUACUGCUUUGUUUUGAAAAUACUAUUUGUUUUAUUAAAAAUGUGAAGCUUAGUCAUUUAGGAGAGGUGGUGUGUUAGUUUCUUCAGAAGAACCUCACUAGUUCUUUUUUCAAUACACUGCAAAACAAAACUCAAUUAUCAGCCCCAAAGCUGUUUAACAAUUAGCAGUAACCUAACUACUUACAAAGGAAAAAUAAACAAUUUAGUUCACCAAAAUGCAGUUUGGGCAGCAGUCUACAAAACUGGUUGGGAGAUAUUGUUGGUGUGAAAGACUAAAUGACAGGAACAAAUGGAUCCAGUGCUGCAAGCUGAAUGAUGUACAGUGGAUGGUUACUGUCCUUACAGAGUUGUACUGCAUCCUGCAAUGCCAGAUAUGGACUAUAUUGACUUAAGUGCUAAAAUGAAGGUUCUCUUGUCAUUGACUAUCUAAAAAUAUGUAUUUGGAAGUGAAAUUUCAAUACAUUGACAAGUUUAACAAACUCAAAUAAUUGUUGCAUAUCUCUAAAAGCUUUUUCAAUGACUGGUAUGAAUUUACACAUAUUUGUUUAUGAUAGAAUUCCUUCAAUACAACUAACAAGAGAACUUGCUUGUAUAUAUGUUCAUGUAGGUACCUAACUUUGCUGCCUCAAAUCUACAGGACUGCUUAUGUGAGUAUACAUGUCAAAGGUCCAUAAAUGUUUUCCAGCUGAAAGCUAAAAUUAGAAUGCUGUAUUUCUACAGGUUAAUGCCAUGGUUAUGCGAAAUAAAAGAGCUGCUGGACUCAGGAGUCUUUUUCGUGUGAUUAAGGUUAAAAAUGCAAAAGACCCCAACUGUGUUCUUGACUGAAGACAGUAAUACUUGUGUAAAGCAGUUCUCUUUGUGUGCUCAGUAAGUUUGGACAGUUUAUUUGGAAGUCUGUGUGUCCUGUCUUGUACUCUGUUCAAUGUGAUACUGCAAACGAUGUCUGUAGACUACUGUAAACAGAUUUCUGGACUUUGUGUGGAUCUACAUGUCUGCAUGUGCGAAGCAUGAGGUUCAAAAUGUUAAUCUCAAAACCAUCAAUUUUAAAAAAGAAAAAAGGCCAGGUGUCCUGUGAACUAACUGGGAAGACAGUAGGCUAGAAGUGGUCUGAAGUGGCACAAGCCAGAAGCACUUCAAAUAGAGACUUUCUGGGAGAUAACGACUUCCACUUUGACAGGCAUUGUCUUGAGGAAAUGAGUAGCUCAGCUUGUAUUUACGCACAGUGCUGUUAAUUAAAAGGAGAUUGAAGGACAUUUCCAUUACAUGAUUUUCCUCUUAAGCUUCAAUUACAGCUUUUGUUUUAAAAGGAUAAUUUCUGAAAAGGAUCAUAAUUCAAUGUCCAAUAAAGUACACAGGUUUCAUUGGUAAAUGUUUAAACAAGAAUAAUGCAAGGCUAUUAGCUAAGACUUACAGAGGCAGAAGUCCAUCUGUUAAAAUUAAUUAUAUACAGGUAUUUGGCAUUUGUGGUAGAGUACUUCAAAUAGAUAGAUGUAACAAAUGCAACUUUGUAAACUUUUUUUAAGGCUUCUAUCAUUCAGUAUGGCUGUUCACAGCCUGGAUUUGUGGCUUUGCUUUUCCAACACAAAGAAAACAACCCAGAAAAAUGCUCCACAAACUAAGAAGCAUCACCAUAUGCAUGUUAGUGAAUAACAGCCCUAUUAGAAAGAGGCUUGAAAUGAAUGCUAAAUGUUUUUUAUAUCACUGAACUGUUCUUGGAACAUCUAGACUUCAGGAUAGGUAUUUAACUUUAUUGAGGUCUCAAAUAUGAAAUGACUGAACAUUGUUCAUGAAAGUUCCUCCCUGGAAAAGCUACAUGAAUAUUGGAAUAAAAAAUAACUUUCCUGCCUCAAAAUAGGAGGCUGGCAAAAAGAACAUUUAUUGUGGUGGCUGUGUGCAUGAAUCUGUAUGAGCCAUAGUUUGUAGUAUGACUCUACAGGGCCUGACAGGGAAGGAAAACAUCUGGGAGACUUCUAGUCUCAUUGCUGCAUGUGCUGAAUAUGGUGCAAUUCUGCAUUGGUUAAUGCCAAUGUAAUGCAAAGAGUUGCUAUUAUCAUAGCAAAAGUUAUUAGUACCAGUGAAUUAAAGUAUUAAUGAACUUAAGAAAUUUGAAGAGUUACACAUUAAGGUGUGUGUGAUGCCUCCCUGCUUUGUCUUGAUUUUGCUAUAUUAUGGGUUAAUUAAUAUUAGUUAGACAUACCAGCUAAGAGAAACACUAACAGAUUGCUGUGUUUGAGAAUGUUUUUAACUAAUGCACUGGCACUAUUAUAUAAAACUCUAAGUUAUGAUAGAAAUAUAUAUGUAGUUGGACUAGAGGCUAAUUGA